AUGUCUGCUCCACCUACGCCUAAUACUCAUAUACCUUCUCUUGAUAAUAAUAUCAGUUUUACAACAGUCCCACCUAUUGAAGAGAACGUUAAAGAAAACAAUAAUGUGGAUAGAUCUAUGCUUCGAGCAGGAUUAGACAAACAAUCUCGCAUUAUUCUCAUGUCAACGAUCGGCUCCCUAUGGGGUUUUGGUAUAGGAGCCUUUAUAGGAGGAAGACAAUCUGGUCUGCAAUACUUGGCAGAAAAUGCACAUAAGCUACCGACGACUGUUCAAGGAUGGUAUUUUUAUCACAAGACCAAAAAUUAUAAAAUGAUGCUCGGAGGAGUCAAAAAAGGCAUUCGAUAUGCUGGUAGAACAGGUGGUCUUUGUUUAUUGUAUGGAACACUUGAGGCUGGUCUAGACGAGGUGAAGGGACAGGCGGAUGUUGUCAAUUCGGUUACUGCCGGUGUCGCGACUGGAACCAUUUUUUCUAUCUUGUCAAAGCUACCAAAAGGCUCUUUUAGAUAUUCUGUCCUUUUUGGAGCAACGUUUGGACUAGUCGCUGGUGGUUUGACAGAGCUGCACCGUUAUGUAUCUUAUGUGUCAGAAGAUGAAGCUUAUGUGCCAUCAUAA